GCGGGCGGUGCCAAGGCGCCUGCGCAGUGGCCGCCACCGCCGCCGCCGCUGGGGCCGGAGCGGGGAGCGGCGCCCCCUCCCCCAGCCGCGCCAUGGGUGACGCGCUGCGGAGGGCGGAGUCGGGCACUCAGCUACUCGCACGCCUUGAGGGCAGAAGUUCUCUGAAAAAUCUUGAACCUUGUCUGUUUGCUGAAGAAGGAUCUCCCGUUCAUGGAGAUGUCAUUGAAUUCCACGGUCCAGAAGGAACAGGAAAAACUGAAAUGCUCUACCACCUGGUAGCCCGCUGCAUCAUUCCAAAGUCAGGAGGAGGACUGGAAGUAGAAGUCAUGUUCAUUGACACAGACUACCAUUUCGAUAUGCUUCGUCUAGUGACCAUUCUUGAGCACAGACUGGUGCAAAGCACAGAAGAAAUGAUAAAGCAGUGCCUGGGAAGGCUUUUUCUUGUGAACUGCAAUAGCAGCACCCAGUUACUUCUCACUCUUUACUCUCUAGAAAACAUGUUCUGCACUCACCCCUCUCUCUGCCUUUUGAUUGUAGAUAGCAUAUCAGCUUUUUAUUGGAUAGACAGAAGCAACGGAGGGGAGAGUCUUAACUUGCAGGAGAUGAAUCUGAAGAAAUGUGCAAACUUUCUUGAAAAGCUUGUGAGGGAGCACCACUUAGCUCUGUUUGCAACAACGCAGACAAUUAUGCAGAAAUCUACAAGCUCUGCAGAAAGCUUUUUUCCUUUAAAGCUUCAGCAUGAAUUUGAUACGGACUACAGGCCUUAUCUCUGUAAAUCAUGGCAACAAAUGGUAACCCACAGGAUAUUUUUCUCCAAGCAAUUUAAUUCUGGCAACAGCAAAGGUUUUACAGUCGUUUCUUGCCACCUCAAAAAAAACAAUGUUGUAAAACGUUCAUUUAGUGUUGCAGAAUGCGGUGUUCAGUUUUAAUUUCAGUUUGUUUUUUAAAUGCCUAGCAAAUCUUGGUGCUUAAGGCCUGGAAAGCUCUAAGUAGCUUUUAGUAGCUUUUAAAUGAGCUGUUUGUUGCUGGGUGAUUACGAAUUUUUGUUAUCAUUUUCUUAAAAUUUAGCAAAGGGCAGGAAACCUGAACAUUUUUGAAUUACUGUUUGCGUUCAGUCCCAACCAGUGAGGAAUGUUGGCAAUUAUUUGUUUGUGCUUAAUGCAGGAAGCAAUUAAAUCAAGAAAAUUAUAACCAAAGUCAUUUAAACCUCCUAGUAUCCUUCAUUAAUGUAACCUUUGUGAUACGCAGUCAAAUGCGCUGACUUCAUUUCUGGGUCUUACUGCUUUUCACUCCUCUUUUCCCAGGGUAGAGACGUAGAAGCCGACUUUUCCAUGGGGUAGACUGCAAAAAGGCCAAGUGUUGACUUUUCAUAAAUACUGGUCUUGGUUCAUUCCCAGUAGCCUAGGGCAUAUGAAAUGCAUUCACAACUCUGCCUGAAGAGGAGGAUUCGCUUUCGCAGCCUGUUAAAUAGCAGUAGUCCCUGACCAUGGUUCUCCAGCCUCACAAUCUCUCUGCUUAUUUUAUCACAUGAGAUGCCAGGAUUGCUGGUGUUUUGACCUUUAGGGGGAUCUGGGUUUGAAGAAUCUAAAGCUAUCACAAAAAUGGAAGCCUGUUGCCAUAAAUGAAGGAAAAACUCAGCUCUGGGUACUUGGGAGUUUGCUCUGCAUGCAGCAAGCUGUUUAGUCUUUGAAAAUAAUGAAGGAUGGGCUAUGGGUUGGUGUGGGUGGUGUUGGUUUGUGUGUGGUGUUUUUUUUUUUAAGAUGUAUGCACACACAUAAAUUUCUUCCCUGCCCUCCUUCAUUAUUCCCUCCCACUUCUUUCCCUUCCCCCGCUCCCCCUAAGAAAUCCAGGAAUGCCAUGCCUCUGGUCUUCACCAAUAUGCAUUUGCCACAUGUAGAACAUUUGUGUGCAGGAUUUGGCAUGCAACGUGUUGCAAUUCUGGCAGAGAAGAUUCAGAACUUAUGGGAAAUGCCCUACAGUUCUGGCAAAGGAUACCAUAUUAUUUAUUAACCUAGAGUGCCCUUUGAAAGCUUCAAAGUGCUUUACAAGAAAGAAAAUUGCACACAGUACAUUAUUUAAUACAAAAACUUACAUUAGCUUACAAAUUUAAAUUACUCAAACAAGGGGAAAAUAUUUCUCACAGCAAUAUUCGUUCAGUCAUGUUGCACAACACGUUUUAUAGUUUAGAUUGAACAGAUUAUUAAUAAAAAUGCAUAUUUAAGGAGUACCUAGCACAGUAUCUUGUUGAGGAAGAUGCCUUACCUUUUAAUUUCCUGACUUCUGAACCCAGCCUUUCCAAGCUGGAUGUAUGCCUGAAUUCCCUGCAGUACACAAGUGGGCUCGGGUGCCCAGGCUUCUGUGUAUGGAGUUGGGAGUAUGUGUCCAUCCUCUUGGUCGUGGAACUGGGCAUCCGCAUGAUUUUUGUUGGAUUCUUUUUUUUUUUUUUUUUGCUUGCUUGAAAAAUCCACUGGAUUUUUGGGAAGGCUGUGGACAGCUGUGCAUCCCUCCAGCCCACCUGGAGCAGGAGCUGUUUCCAGAGGCCUUGGGAGGAGCAUCAGAAAAGUCAAUUCUCACUGACAAGUGCUCCCGGCUUCUACUGCUGUGUUUUUGGGGAGCUCCUGACCAGAGGUUGCAUUCAGACCAGUGUUUGAUGGCCAACAAUCAAACCUAUCCUCCAUGUACUCACCCAAUCCAUUUCCAACUUACUUAUCCCCUUGGACUCCACCACAUCUCUUCAAAAUUAGUUCAGUUUAAUUAUUCUUUCUGUGGGAAAACUUCCUUUUUUUUUUUUUUUUCUCAUCUCCAACCAUUUGAUCACUUCAUGCCUUCGGUUCUUUUUUUGUGAGACAUAAUGAGUGGACGUUCCCUUAUCAACAUCUCCAAAGAGGUGAUGGUUUUAUUGACUUUGUCAUUUCAUUUGUGCUUUCUCUUCCAUCAUGACUGUUACUUAUUUCAGAACAUAAGUAUACAGAUACAUGAAAAGCAGAAAACUUAAACAUUCAAUCUAGUCUGAAGCAGAGCUAGUUCUUUUUAAUAUGAGUGAACGCUUCCACUGGGAAUUAUUAUACAGACAUACCUUCACUUUUGUAAAAAAAAAAAAAAAAAGGGGAAAAAAAGGGAAGAUAAAAAUAUAACUACAGACCUCUUAAAAGUGAAAAUUACACGGCUACAUGAUUUCUACUGUAAAAACCAACAAACUCCUUUUCUAUCAGAGUGCAACUCUGCUGAAGAUAAACUGCUUCAUAAAAGUGUACUUGCUAAAAUAUGUUUGAGAAAGAAAACAACAACAACAACAAUGGAAAUGUUCUGGUAUUCCCAUCUGGAAAAGAAAGCUUUUCUAUUAUUCACAGUCUAGUUCAUAUUUUGCAUUGUAAUAUAAAAUAAAUGCAUAAACUGAAAUGAA